CAGGUUGGUCAGAUGGAAAAGAAGACUCCCCGCUCGGAAACAAGAAGUGUUGCAAUGCGGGAGAACCCCUUUCCAGUCAAGGUCAUCGAACCCGGAUUGCAGCUGGAUAUUGAAGAAUCUCAAACCUCCAACAAGGAAGAUUACGACCGAAUUCUUCAAAAUGUUGCAGGAUUUGAGCCUUCGCAUAUGCCGGAGCCCGGUGAUGUCAGGACGUCCCAGGAGAACUUUCGCAAGUUCAAUUGCCGCUUGCGGGCAGAGAUGGCCCUGGCGAUGUGGUAUCAGGUUGUUCAGCAAAGCCUUCCAGACCCAAAGCGGUUGGCUCGUGCAAUACUGGCAGAUGAUAGCAGAACAACCUUGAACAAGAACUUUUCACAUUCAAAAUUCAGCGACUACCAUUUGGCACAGCUUGCAGCCGCACUCCCAAGCAACCUUCGGCAUUUGCAACUCUCGUUUUGGUGUGGCCAAAUCGGCACUCCAGGAAUCCGAGCCCUUUCAAAGAGUCUCUCACAACUCAAGCAUUUGGAGACCUUGAUGCUGGAUUGCCAGAUGUGUUCACAGAUUGGUCAAACAGGUGUAGAUGCUCUUGGCUUGUGCUUGCCGGCAACAAUAACAGUCCUUCGAUUGAACUUUCACGCAGCGAAUCUCCGCAACAUCAAUGGUUUGGCGAAGGGCAUUUCAAAUUUGAAGAAUUUACGCGCUCUCAGCAUCGAUGUUGGAGGCAUCGAGAAUAUGGAUCACAGGCAAGUGGGCACGCUUGCAGAGAGCUUUCCGCCGCGCUUGAUGAAUCUACAUCUUGGACUGAGGGGCUGCCCGUAUUUCACAAGCUCUGGAGUGCAAUUGCUAGUAUUGAGCCUUCCUGCAGAAAUGUCAAUGCUUUCUUUGAACUUCAGCGUAUGCGAUCAGAUCAACAACGAUGCCGUCAGAUGGCUGGCUUUCAAAAUGCCAUGCUUGCUGAAGGUGCUGUGGAUAGAUCUGUCAGACUGCGUCCAAGUUGAUGACACCUCUGCAAUUCUGCUGCUGCAAAGACUGCCACCUACUCUCAAAGGUGUGAAGAUCAAGCUAACUGGCACUCGGGUCUCUCAGCCAAUACAGAGGGCAGGCAGAAAGCUGGAGACGAUUCGCCGGCUGCUCGAAUCUCAAGAAAGGAAGCCUGGUUUGCUCGGUCUUCGACAGAAGAGUCCGAUGAGAAGUGCUGGCACUACGAACACCAUUGACAUGGCGGAAUUCAAGUUUGCAUCGUCAACCUAUGCGUCCCAGACUCACUUUGCCCAACCUAUGGAACAGUACAGGGCUGCUGCAUCUGCCUGCGCAAAGCCUUGUGCUGGGUCUUCCAUCCGCUUUCUUCUGUCGGUCACACAGAGAUCUCAAGGUUCGGAGAACGCGAAGAACUCCAAAGGCCUCCUCGCAAUGUCAAAGGCAGAUUCAGUCACCAACACUAGCAAUCGACGGUGCAAAACAGCUCCAGCUGCCUGGAAGAAGGAUUCUGUCAAGCGAUGCGCAACUUGUUUUUGAGGUUUCUCCGGAGAUCAUGUCCGCGUCAAUUUGUUGGUUGUGAAUGCACUGGAAAGUCAGAUCAGUGUUUUGAAGCAAACAUCAGCCUAGGCUUAAAGCCUAUUCUGCUAAUUUAGGCAUUGCAGCGAAAUGACGUCAAGCGUUUUCGUCGCCGAAGUCUGCAAGUUUGUUUUGACAGGUUCUGCCAAGCAGGUACCACUUUUUCACUCGGGGCCCUUCAGAGUCGGGCCAUAGUUAGUUUAGCAUGAUGCAACAAUGCUUGCGUGUUCAAAA